AUGGAGCCGAGCGUGGGGGCGACCAUGAUGCUGAUGGGCUCGAUCCUGGCGCUCCCAUUUUUGACCUUCUUCACGGCCGUGCGGAUCUGGCCCAGUUUGAUCAUUCGGGCUUAUAAUUGGUGGAUGCGUCUGAAGCUGGGCCUGACCAUCCGCUACUCAUACAGCGGCGGCUACUGCUUCUGCUAUUUCACCCGCGGGACGCCAGGGGGCACCACGCCAUCCUUACUGCUGCUACAUGGCUUCUCUGCCUCCAAAGACAUGUGGUUGCCCUUCGUCAAGUACCUCCCCGUAGACCAGCACGUGCUGUGCGUGGACAUGCCGGGACACGAGGGGACCAGCCGGACCGGGUCGGACGACUAUAGCAUUCGGGGGCAGGUUGCCCGAAUCCAUCAGUUUGUGCAGAGCGUCGGUUUGGACAAAAGACCUUUCCACCUGGUGGGAACAUCCAUGGGGGGCAAUGUAGCGGGGGUGUACGCCGCCACCUACCAACCGUACCUAUCUGGCGUUACCUUGAUGUGUCCGUCAGGUUUGGUAUAUCCCACCGAAACGGAGUUUAUCGUCCGUCUGAGGGAGAUGGAGAAGAACCCCGGCGAUUAUUCCAUCUCUCUCAUUCCGUCCACGGACCAGGAGUUGGAAGACAUGUUGCGCCUGUGCUGCUAUAAGCCUCUCAAGCUGCCCAGACAGGUGCUGCGAGGCCUGCUGGACAACAGGAUGCGACACAACCACUUCUACAAAGAAUUGUUCAUGGAGCUAGUCGAGGAAAAAUCUCGCCACUCACUGCAAGAAGCUCUACAUUUGAUCACGUCGCCCCUUCAAGUCAUUUGGGGGAAGCAAGACAAGGUUUUGGAUGCUUCCGGGGCAUCUGCGCUUAAGGCGGGGGUUCCCCACAGUCAGCUGUUCCUAUUAGACGACUGCGGCCACACCAUCGCGCUGGAGAGACCCAGGACGGCCGCCCAGCUGGUCAUGGAUUUCCUUUCCGCACAAAAAGUCUGCAACAAGAACGUUGAGGAAAAAAAUUCUGGAGAUUACAAAUGA